ACUAGUGAAACCAAUGAGAAGCACACCAGCGAGGUACCCUCAAGUGCAACCGAAUCUAAUUCUCCUUUGGAGGCCCAAGACCAUUCCCCAGAGGACGACAACGAAUUAUUUUCUGCCGACUACGUCGAAAAGCUGGUGGCUUCGUUUUGGAGCAAAGUGGAUAAGAAGAUUGAGACAGCUGUUUCACAAUACCACACGAGUCCGCAGGCCGGUCAGCAAUAUAUUUCGCAAGAAAAUGCGCAGGCUGAUACGAACGAAGCAAACGAAGAACCAAAAGGUAACAAUCAAGCCUGAAUGGUAUAUUGUAUUUAUUAGUAGACUUUUACUUUUCAUUAAAGUAAACACAAUUAUAAUCAAUUAAUUUGUUCAUUUUUUUACAGCAAGACUAACUUCUUUAAAAAUCAUUAAACUGCGAGUGACUUGGUAACGGUAUUGGCGACUGUUUGCAUUUAUAAGCUCUUUUCUUAGAGGGACUGAGAUUCAGCCUGACUUACAUGAUCUCAGUUCAUGUUGGAGAACACAAGACAGAGGUCACUCAAAAAAGCAAUUAUCCUAAAUGUUCUUAUUUUCUCUCUUUCAGAAAAGAAGUGUCCCCUUUCCAAAUCCCCUGGUGGGAUUUGCGUCUUUGUACUUUUUAUAUUUCAGGUGAGGAUUGUAAUUGAAGCAAAUGACACUGUCGUGUUCUGAAUUUAUGUAAAUACAAUUAAGCAUCAAUAAUAUUACUAAUAUCAUAAUUAUGUACUACAAUUACAUAGACCACUUUUACCUUUUCUAAGCGUGGUGAAGGAACUCACAAAAUUUUCGAAUUCUUCGCUCCACACUUGUCAUUCCUUUUCUAAGCGUUCUAAGAAUCUUCUGAUGGAAAUAACACAUUUUAUUGACGCUUAAUAUAUGAUAGUAAAUAAUCAGUUAUAUAUCAUAUGGCUUGAAAUGUUUACUUAUAUGAACGUUUUCUCUUUUUUAUAGACGUUGAAUAAAAUUUGGACCCUUUGCAAAGAGAACUUGAAGAGCAAAGGAAAGGUAAGUACGGUUACCUGUUAACAAUUCACCAGGUAAAUGUCACAAUAAGAGCUGACAGUUCACAGCCUCUCUAUUUUCUCGCUCCAAACGGAAAAGAAUGCAAAAAUUAGCGAGAGAAGCGAACACAAGUGCCAAAGAGGCAAAGAUGGAGGUCGGGGAUGGCAGGCGAGGAAAAAGAAAGAGCGGAAAUGCUAUUUUCCAAAGAAGUGCGAUAGUCUCUGUAUUUCUCUUGCUUUCUGCCCCUCCUUCACUCACUCGCGCACCGCGUAGCUUACGUAUCUGACAGUUUUUCAGUGUGUUUUUUCUUUUUGUGGUCCGCAAGUAAGAGUUACAGCUGCGCAAAAGCUGAACCGAGGUAGAAACAGAAAACGACAUGGGGGAGAGGGCGAGAGGAGAAAGCAGUGAGAAAAACCGCCUGCAAUUUUUUUCACUUGCCUUCUCUCCUCGUCCCCUCUCCCAUCGUUGUCUUUUUCGUCCUUGGUUCAGGUUUCGCGCGGCUGAAUCUCUUACUUUACCUCUGAAUCUCUUUACUUUAACCUAAUAAGGAUACAGAUUCCAAUAAUUCGCUCGGCGGUUUAGGCCAUUAGGUUCAAGAGUCAUGGCCUUAUCUAUGAAAUGUGACUCCAUCGCCUUAUAUUACGGACUGAGCCACGAGAAGAAUAUCAGGGAAACCGUUUUUCCAACCAAAUCGUGAAAACCGAGAGUUCACCACGUGACCUGCAAAUAACUGCCUACAAAUAAUGAUCUGCUCAUGCGUAAUGUCGUCCAACUGUGUUUGGUCGCAUAAAUGAGCAAAACGGGAAGGAAACCAUUUGAUCUGUCAUAACUCAUGCACGAAAGGCAGUGCGCUCUUACCCUUUUCCAAAGAUAUUCAUUAAAAAACAAACUCGGUAACCGAAUGAUAAAACAAUUAUUGAACUCGGUUAUCGCAAAUAUCGCGAUUUGCCAGUGUCUAGCACAUCCAUUAUUUGCCUCAGCCGCUCGCCAGAAACCUGACAAAUCACGAUAUUUUGCUCAACCUCAUCCAAUAAUUGUCAAUAAAUUGUUUAGAGCUAACUCUAAACCAACAUGACAGGAUUGGUUUAAGGAUGAAAUGUGGAGGAACAAUCUGAGAGCAAUCAUCACCCAUCGACAUGCUAAUUUCACUGUUGUCAUGGUAACACUGAUGGACUGUUUCCUGGUGACUGCCAAUAUCUUUGCAGACUUUAAUAUUAUUGACGGUAAGAUAUUUGGUUCACGUAAAAUAGCUCUUAGAUCUUAAAAGAAAAAAUGCUUGAAACGAAAUUGAAUUGAUUUUACUCCUUUCUCAAAUCUUCCUCGUCAAUCCUUGUAAUUCUUAGCCUGGUCCGUGAAGCGCGACUCGUUCUGACUGAGCGUCGUGACUCAGCGGCUUAACUUCGGCAUGUUUGUUUUACGACACACCUACUUCAUCCUCGAGACACAAGAACAUUUAGAAGUAACUUACGAAUUUCAAAACACUUUCUUGCAGAUAAUGGAAUUGAGUUUAUAUUUAGAAGUUUUCUGUAUAUCAACUUGGCGGUAAUGUUUCUGUUUCUUUUUGAGGUAAGCUAA